CGCCGAACCGUAGGUUCUGUAACUUCUGGAGUUCCUUCAAAACUCUCUGUUUUAUCUGAAAAGGUCUCUGAAGUCUAAGCCCUCAAACUACCAAUCCUCACCGGGAGGGACACAAGAUAGUCGUCUCAUUGUUUCCUUGGGGCCUAAAACGAUCCUGCUGAGCCUGAUGGGAGUUGUAGUCUUGUUAAACGAUCCUUCCGAUAACUGCGGAAGGUCACGCUGAAAGUAAAGGAAAUGACCUGGCACGGUGCGCAAGCGUUUCUGGGAACGGUAGUCCAGAAGCCCCGCGGCCCAUCGGGAGAGCGCAAAGAUGACAGCGGCCACGGAACUGCAACUUCCAGGAUGCUUUGCGGCUAUUCCUUUCACCUUCUUCAGCCCCUCUCGCGACUGUCCCCUUCGGCCCCUUCUCUAUGCCGCACAGCCUGUUUAGAAAGGCUGGUCCGGUGGCUGAGCCUGGCGCUGUCCUGAGAGGGAGGGCUCGGUGUGGAAGAGAGAGCUCCAAAAGGAACCUGGACCUGUCUUCCUUUCCCGCCAGAUGAACCGGACAAAGGGUGAUGAGGAGGAAUAUUGGAACAGCUCCAAGUUCAAGGCUUUCACUUUUGAUGAUGAAGAUGAUGAGCUCUCACAGUUAAAAGAAUCCAAACGGGCAGUGAAUAGCCUUCGAGACUUCGUGGAUGACGACGAUGACGAUGACCUGGAGCGAGUCAGCUGGACUGGAGAACCUGUGGGAAGUAUCUCGUGGUCCAUCAAAGAGACUGCUGGGAACAGCGGGUCCGCCCCUGAAGGACGGGAACAGCUAAAGGGCCGGAACAGUUUCUACACACAACUGCCCAAACCUACUUCUACCUACUCCCUGAGCAGCUUCUUUAAAGGCAGAACGAGACUUGGGAGUUUCCAGUCCCUUUCUGAUGCUCUUUCAGACACACCUGCCAAAAGUUAUGCUCCAGAGCUGGGGAGGCCUAAAGGGGAGUACAGGGAUUAUAGCAAUGACUGGAGUCCCAGCGACACAGUGCGACGCCUCCGCCGGGGCAAGGUCUGCUCACUAGAGCGGUUCCGCUCCUUGCAGGACAAGCUGCAGCUCCUAGAGGAAGCAGUAAGCAUGCAUGAUGGAAACGUCAUCACUGCAGUUCUGAUCUUCCUGAAGAGGACCCUAAGCAAAGAGAUCCUCUUCCGAGAGCUGGAGGUACGCCAGGUCGCCCUGAGACAUCUCAUUCAUUUCCUUAAAGAAAUAGGGGACCAAAAGCUGCUUUUGGAUCUCUUCAGGUUCCUAGAUAGAACAGAAGAGCUGGCGCUAACCCAUUAUCGAGAGCAUUUAAACAUUCAGGACCCUGAAAAACGAAAGAGUUUCUUAAGACUUGCAUUGGGUAAGUGUGGGGAAAAGCAGUCUUAUGUAGAUGUAGUCAGGAGAAGAAAAGAGGAUGGAGUGGGUGGUUCAGAAGGGAAAGGCUAACAGUGAGUCACAUGGCACUGUUGGAAGGUCGUCCCCUCAGUGGCUCCCAAAUACUAGUCUCCAGCCGAGUUGUCACUGAUAGAGUUAACCUGGGAGAGAUUCUUUCCCUAAAGCUGAAUGCACUGGAUUGGAAAGGU